CCGACUUCGCUGUUCUCUCAUCCACCCAAACAUAUCUCAUAUAAUCAACGGCUUCUCAAUUACCGUCUGUUGCCAAACUGCUUAGAUGACGACCCCGGCCUCCACUCCGACCGACUUCAAGAAUGCCGUCGCGGUGGCCAAGGCGGUGCUGUCCGCCGCGGCCUCCGUGACGGCCACCGCAAUGGUGGUGCAGUCGAUGGUCCACACGAUCGUCCCCCGUGAGUUCCAGGGCUUCCUCUUCUCCGGGAUCCGCCGCUUCUUCUCUCGCUUCUCCAAUGAAUUGACCCUGGUCGUCGAUGAGUACGACGGGUUCAUCCAAAACGAGCUCUUCGAGGCGGCCCAGGUGUUCUUGGCUGCCAAGCAAACCCCUUCGACGACGCGCAUCCGGGUGUCCAAGCCCACGAAGGAGAACCACUUCACUCUGGCUAUGGACCGGAAUCAAGCGCUGGUGGAUACGUUUCAUGGGGUUGAGCUCAAGUGGGUUCGCGCGUCGAGACAAGUCGACUCGGGCUACCGAGUUCAUCACGGCCAUAACUCCUCGGUUCAGUACGAAGUUCAGUACUUCGAGCUCAGUUUUCACAAGAAACACAGGGAGAUCGUGCUGAAUUCAUAUCUGCCGUUUGUCCUCGGCGAGGCCAAGUCCAUGAAGCAGGGGAAGAAGACGUUGAAGCUCUACACUCCGAGCUUCGACCGCGUCUAUCGCGGUAAUCGCUCGGAUGUGUGGGCCUCGGUGAACCUCGAUCACCCGGCGACAUUUGAGACGCUGGCCAUGGACCUAGAGCUCAAGAAGACAAUCGUCGACGAUCUCGAGAGGUUCUUGAAGCGGAAGGAGUACUACAGGAGAGUCGGCAAGGCGUGGAAAAGAGGGUACUUAUUGUACGGACCGCCCGGCACGGGGAAAUCGAGCCUGGUCGCGGCGAUGGCCAAUUACUUGAACUUCGACAUAUACGACCUCGAGCUGAGUGGGCUCCAUAGCAAUGCGGAGCUCAGGAGGCUGCUCGUUGCCACUGCAAAUCGGUCCAUAUUGGUGGUCGAGGACAUCGAUUGCACCAUUGAGUUGCAAGACAGGUUGUCCGCAACCCGAGCUGCGCGCAUGAGUAUCAUGCCGGAUGGUUAUCCGCGAGAAGAUCUGACAUUGUCUGGAUUGCUCAACUUCAUCGACGGGCUUUGGUCGAGCUGCGGGGAUGAGCGGAUCAUAGUCUUCACGACGAACCACAAGGAGAAGUUAGACCAGGCCCUGCUGCGCCCCGGGCGCAUGGACGUGCACCUUCACAUGUCCUAUUGCACCCCGUGCGGGUUCCGGCUUCUCGCUUCUAAUUAUCUCGGGAUCGAUCGCCACGAGCUCUUCGACCAGAUCGAGAGUUUGAUCGCGGCGGCAAGAGUCACUCCGGCCGAAGUAGCGGAGCAGUUGAUGAAGAGCGACGAACCGGAGGUCGCCCUCAGGGACGUGGUUUCCUUCCUCGUUAAUCACAGGAGGAACGAAAACGAAGAAGUCAUAAACGAGAAAGUUUGUCAGUGCCAAUUGGUUGAAGAAAACGGAGGGACUGAAGAGGAAAGCGGAAAGUGCGAAGUAAUUGAAGAAAAACAAUAAA